UUCUACCAUUCUUCCAUUCCUCAGGAGGAAGCUUCUCCUACUCAUGACACUGCAAGCCUUUUGUGGAUGCCAAGGGAAGUGGAAAUUGCCACCAGUGGCUUCAGUGAGGAAAACCGAAUUAGUGAAGGCAUGUUUGCUACUACUUACAGAGGUCAGAGAGAGAAUACUCGCUAUGUUGUUAAAAAGCUAAAAGAGAAUGAGACACAAAUAUUUUUUCGUACAGAAGUACAAAUCUGCUUUCGAUGUUGCCAUCCUAAUAUUCUACAGUUGUUGGGUUUCUGUGUAGAAAGUGGACUUCACUGCUUGAUUUACCCCUACAUGGAAAAUGGAUCACUGCUGGACAGGCUACAGUGUCAGGAUGGUUCUGAAGCAUUAACCUGGGAGAAACGCACCAGAAUAUCUUUGGGACUAAUUAAAGCCAUUCAGCAUUUACAUCACUUUGGAAUUAUUCAUGGGAAUGUAAAAAGUUCCAAUGUUUUGCUGGAUGCAAACUUUGUGCCUCAGCUUGGACAUUCUGGUCUUAGGUUGCAUCCUGUGGAAAAGAAAUCAGAAUAUACUGUGAUAAAAACCAAAGUUUUGCAAGCUUCACUAGCUUAUUUCCCAGAAGAUUUUGUCAGGCAUGGGCAGCUAACUGAAAAAGUGGACAUAUUUGCUUGUGGAAUUGUUUUAGCAGAAAUAUUGACUGGCAUGAAAGCAGUGGAUGAAAGAAGAAAGCCUAUUUUUCUGAAGGAUGCCUUGCUUGAAGAACUCAGAGUGGCAAAAGAAUUGUCUUAUGCUAAGGAGAGAAACUUUGAAAAUCUUGCUGCCAUGGAAAUAUGUCACAAAUAUCAAGAUAAGCAAACAGUUUGCUUGCCGGAAACAACCGCUUUACGUUUGGCCGCUUCUGUCUGCAUUUGCCUGCGGAAAAAGAAUGCAGAUGCAACAGAGGUGAAUGAAAUUAUGGAAAUUGCAGAUUGUCAAACAAGGUCUCAGAACAUGUCUGAAGGAAGCAGAAAUCUUGGAUUCUUCAUCAAUACUCCAGAAGAAACCAAUGAUGAACCAGCUAGUCCCUUCUGUGUUGACGUCUAUGGUAAUAACUAUGAGGGUUGUGCCAAUUCUGGAUCUCUAAACUGUGCAACUGUGUUACCACCUUUUAUAAAAGUUUUACCUCCUGAAACAUACUCUGAGCAGAUGUUACGGGUCCCUUGUGAGUCUGAUGAAUCAUGUAACUUUUCAUGGGACCCUGUAGAACAUGCUGUCUGCUGUCCACCAACCAAAAUCAAUCUGGAGCCAGAAAAUGGUUCUUUCACUAAGUCUGUGAUGUUCACAGCAAAAAAUACAGACUCUGACAGAAACACAAAUCAACAGGAGAGAAAAAAUGUUGGCGCUGCUUGUUCCUCACAAGCUUUAAUGAAAGAAAUAAAGAUCAAUGAUAAAAAGAAGCAACUAAUGGAAAAAAUAGCAUUAUAUGAUGAAAAUAAGAUAAACAGUUAUGACCUCUUUGAAUCUUCAAUAUAAAUACAUUUCUAUCAAUUAUGUCUUCAGAAGAUGGGGCAUUUCUUCAAGCGAAAAAAUGUAUUUUUUUUAAAUUAUUGUUGUACUUACUGUAUAUACAGUACAAGAAAGCUACAUUGAUGUUACAUAAUGAGAGCAUGUUUCAAAUUGUAUAUGGAUUUCUCUUAUUUUCUUGCUCUGAUUGAAAUUAUUUUGAUGGAUCUAGCCAAAAUAGUAGCUUAAGCAAAAGAAAGAAGAGAUAAAAGAGCAGCAUCCUCAGUUGCAGCUGAUUGCUGGCUGGUGUUUUCUCUGAAAAAAGUGGUAUUUUUCUUGAUUUGUACAUGGCAUUGAAUUGGAUGAUCAUUAGGUCUCUGUGAAAGUUGACUGUGAUUUGUAAGAUAAUGACUCAAACCUGGGGUAUGUGUAUGUGUAUAUAUUUCUUGCUGCUUAAGGACUUACUGCUUGAGGAAAAGCAUUAUGAACGGAUUCCACUAAAAGGUAUUAAACUGAAGGAGCAGUAAUAAAGUUUUAUCUGUUGUGCUCAAUAUAUAAAAGUUCAUUAGAUAGUCCCCUCUGCACUGUGAUAAGCACUGUAGAACAUUUAAUCAUAAUAGAAGGAAUUCUACAACUGGAAGGUAAUACAGUAUACAUCUGAAUAGCAGAUACUGGGGAUAAAAAUAUAUGGUUUCUUUCUGCCAUGUGGAUGUGGGGUGUAAUCUGGAACUGGUAUUACUUAGUAUUAUUUAUUGUAUCUCUUGUUUUGAUUUAGGAAAUUCUAUUAUAUAUUAUAAUGUAAUAAAUAAUAUCUAUAUGUAGUAAUGAUAAUUCAGAGGUUUUUAAAACUAGUUGUAGUAGCAUCAAGAACAUACUAAUGUCCUCCUCCUCAUUCUUCUAUAUCAGUGUUUCUUAAAGUGUGGUCCAAGGACCCCUGGGGGUCC